AUGGGAUCAUUGGUGUCACUAUUUUCGUUGCCACGAAGGACCUGGGUGUCCAAUAUUGACUCCCGUGACGACAUUCCUAUGACGAGCGUUUGUAAACAUUUCUCUCGGCUUCCCGGUCAGCAGUCUCUUUUUAAUUCAAUAAACGGACAUUAUUUCCUGCUCACUGUUCAAGCCCAGUUUAUUAACUGGUCACACGUUUUCACUAGAUCGUUUAUGGUUAUUUUUCUCACCAGUGUUCCCAAUAUUAUCAUUACUACUGUCUUCGUUCCUUUCUACGUUAAAACCAAAAGAACGUUCUUUUCUUUUUUCUUUUUGUUUUUUUAUUUCUUUAUUCUUUCUUUCUUUUUGUUUGUUUCUUUUCUUUCUUUCUUUGUUUUUUCUUCGCAUUUUUUCUUUUUUCUUUCUUUCUUCUCUUUUCUUUUUCUUUCGGUUUUUCUCAUUUUUCUUUAUUUAAUUUUUCUUUCAUUCUUCCCUUUUCUUUUUUCUUCUGUCUUCUUUCUUUCUUUCUUUUUCUUUUUUCCUUUUUCUUUGUUUUUCUUUGUUCUUUUUUGUUUCUUCUUUCUUUGUUUUUUUUCUUUCAUUUUCCUUUCUUUCUUUCUUUCUUUCUUUCUUUCUUUCUUUCAGUAA